UCAAUAAUUUCCUCUCCUCCAAUUUCCCAUUUUCCCCCCAUACUUUUGGUUCCCCUCUUCCUUCACUCAUGCCUCGUCGACUGCUCUAUUCAUCUCCCCCAUUAACCACCACCAUCCACAUUUUCUCUCUCCUCUAAAACAACCACCUCCCAACCACCGUACUCUCCGCCGUCUCAAUCUCUUUUAUCGCAGCCAUGAAAGAAGCUUCGCCUGAACCUGAAGACCUCCUCCUCCUCUCAACCCACCGUCUAACCACUCUCCUCCACGACAACCUCCCUCACGUUCACCACUUCAAAGGAAAAUGGUCUCUCAUCAAAGCGAAACUUGUUUCUCUCCAAUCUCACCUCGUCGACUUUUCCGACUCCGCUUCUUCUCACUGUCUCUCUUCCAACUCUCUCUCCAUUUCCGUCCUCUCCGCUCUGUGUGCCGCCCUAUCUGACGGCGUUUCUCUCGCCGGAGUUUGCUCUGACUGUAAUCCUCUUCCCGAUGGUAAGCUUCGUACUCAGAGUGACAUUGAUUCUCUUUCCUCGAGACUUGAUUUUAUUAACAAAGACUGUGAGAUCUUGCUUCGGAGUGGAAUGUUAGUUCAAGACGGUGUCGUUUCGACUUCUCAACCACCAGGGAGGGAGGUGGUUAGGGCGGAGGUGAGGAACUUGUUGACUCGGCUUCAAAUCGGUACGGCUGAGUCGAAGAACUCGGCGAUGGACUCGCUCCUAGGGUUGCUCAAUGAAGAUGAUAAGAAUGUGUUGAUUGCUGUUGCGCAGGGGAUUGUUCCGGUUCUUGUGCGUUCACUCGAUUCGACUUCGUCGGAGAUGAGAGAAAAAAUCGUUGCCGCAAUUGCUAGGGUUUCGACAAUUGAAAGCAGUAAGCAUGUGUUAAUUGCUGAAGGUUUGUUGUUAUUGAACCAAUUGAUUAGGGUAAUUGAGUCAGGAAGUGGUUAUGCCAAGGAGAAAGCUUGUGCUGCUCUUCAAGCGUUGAGUUUUUCGAAGGAAAAUGCGAGAGCAAUUGGUUCUAGAGGCGGAAUUUCAUCGUUGUUGGAGAUUUGCCAUUGCGGAACGCCGAGUUCGCAAGCGAUGGCGGCCGGAGUGUUGAGGAAUUUAGCUCAAUUUGAGGAGAUUAAGGAGAAUUUUGUGGAGGAGAAUGCAAUUCCGGUGUUGAUCGCAUUAUCGGCUGCAGGGACGACGUUAGCGCGGGAGAAUGCGAUUGGGUGUUUGUCCAAUUUGGUGUGUAAUGAUGAGACAUUAAAGGUGUUGGUUGCUAGAGAAGGUGGAGUUGAGAGUUUGAAGAAUUAUUGGGAUUCAACUCCACUAGACAGGGGUUUAGAGCCUGCUGUUGAGUUGUUAAGGAACUUAGCAUCUUAUCAUCCAAUUGGGGAAGUCUUGAUUUUUGAGGGAUUUCCAUUGAGAUUAUUGCCAUUGUUGAAUUGUGGGGUCCUAACAGUGAGGAUUGCAGCUGCAGGAGCUGUUUAUGAACUCGGAUUUUGCUCUAAAGCAAGGAGAGAAAUGGGUGAAUGUGGGUGUGUUUCUGCUCUAGUGAGUAUGCUGGAUGGGAAAGCGAUUGAGGAGAGAGAAGCAGCUGCGAAAGCACUGUCGAAUCUCCUGAUGUGUACCUGUAACAGGAAGAUAUUCAGGAGGGAAGAGAGAGGGGUAGUAGGAACAGUUCAAUUGUUGGAUCCAUUGACUAAGAAUUUGGAUAAGAGAUGGCCAAUUGCAGUUUUGGCCACUUUGAUUCAAUCUAAAAAGUGCAGGAAACACAUGGUUGCUGCUGGAGCUUGUGUUUACUUGCAGAAGCUUGUUGAGCUCGAAAUUGAAGGAGCCAAGAAGCUGCUUGAGAGUCUUGGCCGAGGAAAACUGUGGGGCGUUUUCGCCAGGCCUUGAUGAUCAGAUUGAUACAGAGAAAAUGAGUUCUUGUUUUCUGUAUGUAUAAUUUUCUUUUUGAGCUUGUUUUUCUUGUUAAUUUUCUGCCUUACCACUUGAUUUUUACUACUAAUUCCUUGUUCAUAGUUGUGGUUAGAAUUGGUGACAAGAGAAAGGGCAAUUGUGAGUAGUAGUAGUAGUAAUAGUAAUAGUAAUAGGUGUUCUAAUUGUUGAAUGACAUCUUUGCUUGUAGAAUAUAAUCUUUGGUUAGUGACAGUGUGACACAAACUCGAAUUGAAAUUGUUUGUAUCUUUUCGACCUCUUAAUAAAGUGAUAAUCUUUAUGCUUUUUCAA